CCGGCCCACGGGAGACAGGCAUCGGAGCCCGGAGAAAGUCAGCGAGCUGGAACGCAGGCGUCCCGUUUGGAAGUGUCCGAGGAGAUCGCCCCAAGUGCGCCAGCCGAGCCCGGGAGAGUUUCCUUCUGGCCGAGAGGGGGAGCCCCGCGUUCCCAGCCGGGAGCGACCCGGAGUCCCGAGCCUCCGGCCCCAGCCGCCAGCCAGCGCCAGUUUUGGCUUAGCCGAUUAGGAAGCGGAGGGAGGGGGCCGAGAGCGCGUGGAGGGAGGGGACCGGAGCCGGAGGGUCCCGAGUCCAGCUCGCUGUUGACGUAGAGAAACUUUCCCUCUCGGCCACGGAAACGGCGCCCCGGUGGUGCCGGAGCGGAGAGCGCCGGGCUCUGAGGACGCGGCGGCUCUCCACGCCCCUGCCCGGAGCCUGACCCGACUGCAUCCGUCAGUGAGUUAUAUGUGAUUCCGUCUGAUAUACACAAGAGAGAAAGUAAUUGAAGGAGAACUUGGAUGGCAGCUGUAUGAUUGAAAGUCAAGUGUCUGCAUAUUCUUUCAACUAUAUUUGAACAUACCUACCCAGGAUAUAAAGUGUGAUUGAACUGAAUAUCUAUUUGGUUGAUCCUCAUCAUGAACCGUGCUUUUAGCAGGAAGAAAGAUAAAACAUGGAUGCAUACGCCUGAGGCUUUAUCAAAACAUUACAUUCCCUAUAAUGCAAAGUUUCUUGGCAGCACAGAAGUGGAGCAGCCCAAAGGAACAGAAGUUGUGAGAGAUGCUGUAAGGAAGCUAAAGUUCGCAAGACAUAUCAAGAAAUCUGAAGGCCAGAAAAUUCCUAAAGUUGAGUUGCAAAUAUCAAUUUAUGGAGUAAAAAUUCUAGAACCCAAAACAAAGGAAGUUCAACACAAUUGCCAGCUUCACAGAAUAUCAUUUUGUGCAGAUGAUAAAACUGACAAGAGGAUAUUCACUUUCAUAUGCAAAGAUUCUGAGUCAAAUAAACAUUUGUGCUAUGUAUUUGACAGUGAAAAGUGUGCUGAAGAGAUAACGUUAACAAUUGGCCAAGCAUUUGACCUGGCAUACAGGAAAUUUCUAGAAUCUGGAGGAAAAGAUGUUGAAACAAGAAAACAGAUUGCAGGGUUACAGAAAAGAAACUUAGUGUUCUCAUGUGACUUUGCUUCACUUCCUGAUGCUUCUCAUGGGGAUCAGAGCAGCAGAAGCAGCAGAUGCUGGAUUCAAGACUUAGAAAAAGAAAAUAUGGAACUUAAAAACAAAGUACAAGAUUUGGAAAACCAGUUAAGAGUAACCCAAGUAUCAACAUCACCAGCAGGCAGUGUGACACCUAAGUCGCCCUCCACUGACAUCUUCGAUAUGAUUCCAUUUUCUCCAAUAUCACACCAGUCUUCUAUACCUACUCGCAACGGCACACAGCCACCUCCAGUCCCUAGUAGAUCUACUGAGAUUAAACGGGACCUAUUUGGAGCAGAACCUUUUGACCCAUUUAACUGUGGAGCAGGGGAUUUCCCUCCAGAUAUUCAAUCAAAAUUAGAUGAGAUGCAGGAGGGGUUCAAAAUGGGACUAACUCUUGAAGGUACAGUGUUUUGUCUCGACCCAUUAGACAGCAGGUGCUGAUGUCAAGAACAAGAGGUCCUGAAUCUGUUAAAUUUGUUUUGUAUACAUAUAUAUCAUCCAUUAUUACUUAUGACAGAUAUUAUACAUGUGCCAAUAUAUUUUUGAAUCUCAUAACUUUUUGAAAAUUAUUUCAGUAAAAGUUCCACAUAUAUUCACUGUUGAUCUGUAGCAUUUUGUUUUAAAAACAACUCAUUGUAAAGUAAAUCAUGCUUUUAUGUUCCUUUCUGUUUGUUUGUAGAAGAAUUUAUAAUUGAAAGACAAAUUUUCCAAAUAUUUGCCCAUAUGUGAUUUCUAAAUAAUUAGCGUCUUCAAAUUUGCGUUCAUUCUCUAGGCUGCCAGUUUAUUACUGAUUUCCCAAAAGCCAUACCUUAAUGAUGCCUUUCAGAGUCCUAAAGAGAUAUACCAAUGCCAAACUAAAUAUAUUCUAUAUUGAAACCAAUAAACAUGUUACCAUUCAUUAGACAGAUGUCAUUUUAUGUAUGAAAUGUUCAUAUUACUGUGAAAAUGUAAACUUUGAAUAUAAUACCACCAGAUCAUUUUUUAGCAGGUAAAAUAACAAAAAUGUAAAUUCCAAUAAUAAUUAAACUAAAUGUAUUUAGAGUGCUUAUUAGUCAAUGCAAGGUAAUAAUGUUAGUCAUUAUCAGCUAUACUCUAAAUAUUUUAUUUAUUUCAUACACAAAGAUUGUGGGAAAAAAUGAAAAUUUGCUAUUUACAGAACACUUAAAAUUUAAUUUCUAAUGAGAUAAGUUACAUUACUAAACAUCUAAAUAUCAUCUGACCCAAUGUUUCCUAAAAAAACAUUUGGAAUAUAUGCUGUCUAUAGUUGCAGUAUCUAUUACCCAUAUUUACUUUACCAAAUAUAUUUUUUCUCACUGAAUAAGACUAUCCUUCUUAUAUUUUCUCCUUUGAUAAAGAUAUUUUCUCACCAAAAUUUACUUUGUGAUGGCCCAUUAGUGUUGAUACUUGUAAAAAUCUGUGGCACCUGUUCUUUAUGAAUUAUCGAUAUUAUUUAGCAAAUUUAAUUUGUUUUGUUAAAGUCAGAAUCUCAUUUUUCACAAAAAUGAAAUUCCUGCUCAGUUCAUUCUUUAACGUGAACAAUAACAUUUUCUUGCAGCUGAUUCUUGAUGUGCUGAUGAACUCUGACUUUUAAAAAUGUUUGUUUCCUACACCUUUGCCCAUUAUGUAACAGACUGUAACUUGUACUAAGUGCAGCAAAAACUUAUGGUCAAAUAUAUAAUUUGGUUCAUCACAUUAUAAGAAAAAUAAAUUAAAUUAAUGAAAAUGUGAGCUUAGAUUGAGGGUAGAGCUCAAAAAUUUUUCUUUUAGUCAUGGGAAUUUCCUUCACGUGCUAAAGGUCUUAUGCAAUAUUAUAUUUGUAUGUCUCCCCAUAAUGUUCUAUGAUAUAUAUAAGCCUUCUUGUUUGCUUUCUGUUAUCUGCUAAGUUGUAUCUUAAUUAGAGUAGUAUAUGUUUCAUAAAGAAGAGUCUUUAUAAUUUUGUUUGUCAUAGUAUUUUGGAAUUUGUAUAAUGAGGAUGCUUAGAAGCCAUAUCAAUGGCUUUUUUUUAACAGAUAGAAUUUGUAUUUUUAUUGUACUUUAAAAAGCUUUAUGUAAUAGGUAUAUAUUUAGUGGCAAUUUAUUAUCAAUGGUAAGACAAUAGAGUACUUUGCACAUUUAAAAUAUGUUACUUUACCAAUUUUUAACGGUAAUCAAUUCUGCUACUGGCAUGAUUAAAUAGUAUAUAAUUGGUUAUUAAUUAUGAACAUUUAUUUCACCAGUGCAUUUUUAUGAAG